AUGGAUUCAUGCUCAGUAUGCAGUCCGCCGGUCCUAUCUGAACCCGGUCUGCUAGUGAAUCCUUAUCAGGAUGAGUAUGCUGAGAUGGAUAUCAUUAUUCUGUAUUGUGAUCCUAGUCUAUACCUCCUUCAUGAUGGGCCUUCGUUCAGCUUCUGUAUGUCGGGCGUGUGGGUGGAAGAUCCAAGAGACGCAGUAUGUCAUGAAUCGUGUGAUCCACCUGUGACCGAACGGAAUGUCACACACUCUAAUCAAGAAACGGGGGAAUAUGACCUUGAGCAGUACCUUCAUGGUUCAAUGACGGUAUACACCUGUAAGAAUGAACUGGCUGUACUUGAUGGGCCCACAAAGGCUUCCUGUCGCGAUGGGACAUGGGAUCCUCCUGACUUACCUGUGUGUCGAGAACCUUUACCAACAACCGCGCCGUUCAUAGAAGAUACGACUACAAUCUUCAUACCAAUAACUUGCCAGCAGCCUCAAUUCAAUCAGGAUGUGGUGUAUAUUGACCCUGUGCAGGAUGAGGGCUAUCGAGAUUUUGAUGUUGUGUACUUUCACUGCAAUAAGUCCUUGUCAUAUGUGGCAUAUGUUGCCAUUUGCUACAAUACUUCAUGGGUGCCCAUCAUUCCAGACAAAAUUUGCCACGAUCCAUGCCGAAUUCCUGUAACCGAAGGACUCAACUAUACCUUGAAAGCUGGUAUAACAGAUGGUGUUAUCUACACCCAUGGCAGUGAAAUAUCAUAUACAUGUGAAUCUGCAGAAGAAUUCAGCGUUUUGUCGACCUGUGAUGAUGGCAGCUGGGCUCCCAAUAUGAUGUGUUCUGAAACUACAUCGUCACGGAUUCCUACUAUCUCAAGCUAUUUUCCGACGCAACACACUUUGCAAACUACAAACAGUCUGCACACAGGAUCAACUGAGACUGGUUAUACAUCAGAAGAAACACACACUUCAACAUCUACCUCGUCAUCAAAUGUACCAUUCAGUCCAACUACCACAUCCAAUCCUGGAACAUUGACAAGUGACACUUUAACAAACUAUCCAUCGAUUGACUAUAUUUCGGGAACUAACAGCAUUCGGCAUCUAACAUCAACAGAGACUGACAUUACAUCAGAAGAUGCAUACUCACAUACUUCUACUCCGCUAUCAAAUUUGCCUACGAGUGAAUCCACCACAUCUAAUACUAAACAAUUGACUUCUGAUACUACCUCGCCAUACACUCAAACACUGUUACAUGUUCCUCAGACAACUAUGCACUCAAUUACGACUGAGGAUCCCUCCAGUGCACACUCAUCCGAAUGGGAAGCAUCAAAUUAUCCUUCUACUGUGAUCGAAGUUACUGCGGAAACUACUGUGGACAGUAUUCGUACUACAACCGACGAUCAAGCACGAACAUACUCAUUUGAAACAGAAAAAUCAUCUACUAGAACUCGUCUACCAGACAUUAUCACGACCAGGAACACAUCCCCAAGGGAAACUAAAUCAGAAGACACAGUAACGCGGCACAGAACUAUGACUGAACUUCACACAACACUUGGAGAUUUUACAAGAACAUCAUUACUUGGAAGAGAAGCUACGUCCGAUGCAACCCAUGCAGAAACUAUUCAAACGAGAUAUCCUAUACAUGAAACACAUACCACGCUCAAAAUGGAGCCUACGGUAACAUCUGGCCCCUAUACAACAGCUACAUAUGACACUGUUGUGGGAACAUCAACAGGAAUAGUUGAUACUGUUUACACCGGCAAAUCCACAGAAAGUUUUCCUACACCUUAUACGCUAACACAUUCUCCCCCUUUUUCAACAACGCCCGACUUAGAAAGCAGUACGCUUACCAUUACGUCUGCGACGAUUCCUUAUAUUCCAAGCGAAAGGACGGCUACAGACGCUAGUCGGGUGGAAACUUCAACAGAGCACAAGUCGCAUAACAUUUGCGCAGGGAACUACACAUUCGUCCGCUGCAACUCCACAUGGCCUGUCCUCUUCUUAUUCUACCCAACGAAUUACAAACUUUGUCUCUUCAAGUGA